GAUUGCAUCAUUGCGCCGGACGCUUUCCUUUCUUUUCUUACCCACUUUCACCUUCCAGUCUAUAGAUACUUGAUAUCUCGCCUUUCCCUACACCCUCAGUAUUUGACGUUCGGAUUUCUAUACGCCACAGGCUCUUACAUUCACUCCAACAACAAUGAAGCCCAUUUCCGUUCUCUUUCUGGCUGGCCUCGCCGCGGCAGCUAUCACAGACGCCGGGCUAAUCGCUACCCGCGACGAGAUUGCCCGAGACCUUGAGGCUAUCACAGACAGUCCUACUUUUGUCGAUAGAGAUGAACAAGAUUCGGCUCUGCAUCCUUUCUCGAUUGAAGACAGAGCCGAAGAGGAUGAUGAGAGUGAUCUCACCACCCGUGACAUUGACGAGGCUGCCACUUUUGGCGAGCUCAUAGCACGCCAGGCCAACAACACUGCUGGAGGUGGCAAGAACAACGACGGCAAGAAGAAUAACAAAAACAACUGUCAGGGCUGCGCAAAGGGAAAGAAAAGGGGCAAAGACGCAAAGGGCAAAGCAUGCAGAUGUAAGAAGAACGCCAAGAAGAACAACAAUGGCAAGGCAAAUGGAAAUGCCAACGCCGGCGCCAACAGCAAUAACAACAACAAGGAUGGGAAGAAGAACAAUGGAAACGCGAAUGCCGACAAGAGCAAGGGCAAGGAUAACGGCAAGGGAAACCAGGCUGGAAAUAAGAACAACGGUACUGCGGUUGACGACGGAAAGAAGAAGAACGGAGGUAAUGGCAAGGAAACUGGCAAGAAAGCCAACUUGUCUACGGGAGCUGGAGCUGCGGCUGCUGAAGCCGCCUAAGCGGUGGAUGUCUUAUAUCAGGUUCGUAGGAUGGAUAGAGCCAAUUGCUCAUGUGACAUGUCAGGCAGAGGGUGCUUGUAGAUAUUGAUGCGACCAUAUUAGAACAUGGGA